UUUCUCCGCAACCUGCCCUAGAUGCAACCCCUUCUUCUCAAUUUGAUCCUUCCACAGGAAUCAUGUUGCAUUUUGUGGAUGAGGAUGAUACUUUGCCAUCUUCGGGAUAUGAACCCCUUUCCCCGUCAGUGGCCUUGGAUAAAGAACCCAUAGUUCCUGAGAUCCCUGUAGCUUUAGACACAACUAUUUCGCAAGCGCUUACUCGCCAGACGGUCGAUGAACCUCCUUCUUCUCCUCAAGAUCAACCUCAGGAUGUAGGCACAGGUUCAGGCACAACUUUCCCAUCUGUCGCUGGUGGUGAAAAAUCUUCACCUCGACAAGGAGUUAGUGCAUUCUCUGGUGAAACCCUGGGGUUAAGUCAGGUAACUUUCUUCUCUCCAAAGCCUCUUUUGUUUUGACUUGUGUAUAGUUCAUCUUGUCCUGAUCCUGAAGUUUUGUAGCGAGCUUCCCCAAAAGAAACUUCCCCUCCUCCAAUGGCCCGUAACCCAAGGUGCUUUCAACCUCCUUCUUCCUCUGGAGAUGUUGACACCUCCCUGUCUAGAGAUGAACCGAUUGAACAAACAUAAAUUGCCCCUUCCAUAGGCAUUAUCUCACCAGAAGAAACUGUUAUGCCGGACCCUUCUCCUUCCUCCUCUGAUCCUGCCAAGUUGCCCAAACUCUUCGAA